AUGAUUGUUAAAUCUGGCUUUCGAUAUUUCUCCACCCAGAGGUACUUCUCUGUCCUGGGCAGGGACAACGCCGACUUCACAUCAAGAAUUUUAAAGAGAAUAACUGGGAAGCAUGAGCAGAAACCGCUGGGCAAGUACCCGUACCCCCCUGAGGACGAAAUGUUCUGGAAAAACAGAAGAACGGCGCACGGGGGCUACUUUCAGCACUCAAUAUCGGCACACCAACUAAAAUUUAUCUACCCGGUCUUUCACCAGGCCCCAGCCAGGGUCUGGGCUAAGGUUUCUCAGGGCUUCUGGUGGGUGAUAUGGCCCUUUUUUAUGACCUACGUGGCCGUCGAGGGCCUCUAUCACGUCAACCGCAAGUAUGUAAAGCGACACAACUACUACUGA